CUCUCUUGUGUUAAGUUUUUGAGUGAAAUAAAUUUUUGAGGCCUUCAUAUGAGCUUAUAACAUGUGUGCUCUUUUGCAGGCUAUGCAAACACCCUUCAGGAGCUACAUUCAAGAGAUGCUGGCUCUUGUGAAGCGCGAGAGAGAAGAGCGAGAAGCUUUGGGAGCCUUGCCUCUGUACCAGCGAUCGAUUCCUUAAGCAUGUCGGUGCAUGUUGCAGCUGUGGCCGACUUAUGAACUGAACAUCAUAUGAAUUUUUUGAGGUUAAUUUGUUACUUGAGAAGGGCAGUUAAUAUAUUAGUGGGAGAUUUUUCCUUGUCUCUCGCCUUGUGCACAUUUUGUCUUUUGCCGUAGUCAAAAGUUGUUCAUUCAUAAUAAGCAUUGUUUUGGAUGAAGUGAUGCUGAAUAAUAUUUAUAUUAUGUUUCAAAACUUAUCAAUCAUGUUUGUUAAGUUUGUGCUACUUUCCUUGGAUAGGGAACAACAGCACAAGCUUCUCUACAACGACGGCGGACAACUCUUAAUGAUCCUUCUCUUUUCUAGUCUCUACCCUUAACAAUGAGCAAAUCUACAUAAUGUUUCUGAAGCAUGGCUGUUUGCACACAGAAUAUUGAAUCAAAUCUAAGUUGUCAAUUGGAUUAUCAUAAAUUGGAUGUACAUAGAAGAGAUAGACCUACGAAAAACAACAUAAAUAGACAAAUGGCAUAAAAUCACAAAACUACUAUAGAUAUCAAUAAAACUACAUAAAUAUUCAAAGAAAGAUGACCUGAUUUGCAAGCAAAUCCUCCCUCUAUAAAUCGGAAAACAGUAUCUCCUACAUGUAAUGUACUAUCUCCAACCUUUAUUAUUCGUAUUUUUUUGAAUGUUUUCUAUUAGUUUUGUUAGAGUAUGUAAUAUAGUGUGUAUAUUAUCAUCUCUGUAUAUUUGGUAACAGUAGAUUAGUUUCCUUUGUAUUCCCUUAUACGUAGCCUAAAUUAUAGGAAGUUGUUAUGUAUGUUAUUUAAACCCUUUGAGGGUUAAGGAAAUGAUUAUGGGAUAAUCUUCUUUCAUGGUAUCAGCCUUCUCGAUCCUCUUCCGCUCUCUCUCUCUUCUUCUUCUUCUGUACCCCACGUCCGUCCACCAUGGCUAAAGGCUCCUCCUUUCAUCCUGCUUUAGCCGUUUCCAACAUCAAGAAUAAUAUACCCAUCACCCUUGAUCUGGAACGUGUACAAUAUGGGACGUGGGCCGAACUCUUCAAGGUCCACGCACGAUCUCAUCGUGUGUUACAGCACAUUAUCACGCCGGCCGAAUUUACUCCACCAUCUACUGCUGAGGAAAAGGAGUUAUGGGCCACGCUUGAUGCCACCGUGCUACAGUGGAUAUACUCCACGAUUUCCACCGACCUCCUCCACACAAUUAUUGAACCGGAUCUCACUGCCAUGGCCGCCUGGACCCGUCUUCGGGAUAUCUUUCAAGAUAAUAAAAAUUCGCGCGUCGUGGCUCUCGAACAGGAGUUUUCGCAUCUCUCCAUGGCCGAUUUUCCGAAUGCUUCUUCUUACUGUCAACGGUUGAAGGAAUUAUCCGACCAACUUAAACAAGUCGGCACCACCGUAUCGAAUGAUCGACUGGUUCUUCAGUUGGUCUUGGGUUUGACUCCUGCCUAUAAUACAGUGGGCACUUUCAUUCGGCAGACGAGCCCUCUUCCACCUUUUUAUCAGGCUCGGUCGAUGCUUACCUUGGAAGAAUCCGGCCUCGCUAAACAAGCCGCCAGCACUGCCUCUGCCUUGGUGGCUGCGUCCCCUUUGGACGUUGAUGACCCUCCUCAUGAUUCGGUCUCCUCUUCUCCUCUCUAUAAUGGCGGGAAAAAAUCUCAUACUCGUCCCUCCGGCAAGAAAAACGGUGGCCGAAAUGGUGGUCGGGGCCGCGGCGGCGGCGGUGGACGUCACGGUGGUGGGCCGCAUCACCCAGCCGGGUCGUCCGCAUGGGGCCAGCAGUGGCCGAAUUCAUCUCCAGGGGGUCCUUGGCAGUGGGCGUGGCCUUGGACACCCCCUCCCUGCCCGUACCCAGCAGGCCCAGCAUAUUGGGCUCGGCCCAAUCUCAUGUCCCGUCCCCCACAGCAGCCUGGUCCAGGGGUUUUGGGGCCCCGUCCUCAGGCUUAUGCGGCCAGUGGGCCCACUCCCACUCCUACUGAUAUUGAGGCAGCAAUGUUCACCCUUGGACUCAAUCCUCCGGAUCAAAACUAG